AUUCUUUUAGUCAUAAUUACUAUAUUAUAGAAUAUUAACCAAUAUUAUAAGGGUGGAAGUAAACUAACGUAACCUAUAAAAAGGAAACGAGUUAUUAAUGCAAAUAUGUAAUUGUAGGAGCGAGGAAAUUAAUGCACUUUUAACAACAGACACAACCGGUAAGGAGAGGUUGGUGCGUUUCAGUGGCGAUGAGGAACCAAUAUACGAAAUGGUUUUGACUGUACGGGCAGGGGGCCGUGUUUUGGUGGUGGUACUAAAGAAGGAGGGGGAGUACAUAAAGGAGAAACUGUUAUUUCUUUAUAAUGGACCCGAACCUUUCAUAUAUAGGCAAAAACAUUCAUUCAGAUUUUGGAUUGAACAAAAGUGUAGGCAUAUGUUAUAUACGCCAACAAAAACGUUUUUGGACGGACAAUUGAGGGAAAUAUGUCAAUGGUUAGUGAAUGAAUUCAGGAACCCUAACGCGGAAGGAGUGUCAAGUACACCGUACAGGUACCACCUAGACAUAGAGCGGCCACUGCUGGUACAGAACAGACCAAGGACAAUAUGUGUUGCAAAUAUAGUGUUUAACAGAAUUAAACCACCGGCACCCACGGGGGAAGAAACUGUGGAACAAUUAGAAGCCGACAUAAAUCUUACAACCAGGGUUAUAGAUGAGUUUUUUCAAAUAAACAAUGAAAUAGAUAUAGGUGCAUGGUCACGUUUUAGAAAUAUACAAAUGCGUAGGGUAGCAACAUUAAAAACUAAUAAUAGUAAUAACGAUAACCGUAUUAACCAAAGUAAUAAUAGUUAUAUAGGUGUAAGUAGUAAUAAUGGUGAUUGGUUAGAUAAUAUACUUUCGGAUAUGGAUGAAUUAGAAAUAGUCAAUAACACCUAUAGAUAUUCUAUUAGACUUUCGGAUAUUGAUAGUGAUAGUGAUUAAAAU